AUGUAUUCAAAAUACCUUUCCAUGCUCAUGCCGGCCUUGAUGGCCAUAUUGGCAGCAGCAACCGAAGCUCCAAUCGCAGGCUACGAUGUCUUUGUGCCUGAGUGGGAAGUGAGAGCUCACCCCAGUGGCGACUCACUUCGCCUCAACGGAACGGCGGAGGAUGUCAUCCAGCAGAUCGAAAAAAUCAACCCGGACUUCAAGAGAUCAUUCAACGUUGAUGAUCUCCCAGAAGAGGAGGAAGGGAUAAAUAGUGCACACGAAUUGCAGAGCCGCGCUGUGACAACUUUUCCCCUGGAUAGGGUCAUCUGCGACAAUUUUGAGCCGGCCAAGUCGGCUGAGGUCAUGAGUGCCGUCCGAUAUUUGAACGACAUUGGUGGGAGGCCCAAGAAUGGCGGUGGUCCAGCAAACUGUGGUAGGGUCGCCGUUUGGUGGUGCAAUGAUGACCUGAAGGAAACUGACGAAUGA